AUGCUGCGCAAGAGCAUGCUGGACGUGACCCAGCGCGCGACGCAGUCGCAGGCGCUCAAGAAGAUCACGGCGGGCUACGAGCUGCUGCCGGCGUCGAAGCACGGCGUCCGCUACAUCCUGUGGGCCGCGGACGCCGCGCACGCCAAGCCGCGGCCGGCGAAGGAGCCCAAGGACGAGCAGCAGCAGCCCAAGGCCUUCCGCGACCCGUUCGCCAAGGAGCACCUGGAGCAGGAGCUAUUCGUCACGCAGCUGCACGGCACGCACAACCUCGUGCUCAACAAGUUCAACGUGGUGGACGAGCACAUCGUGCUGCCCACGAUCGAGUUCGCACCGCAGGAGCAGCCGCUGGACGCCGCCGACUUCCGCGCCAUGUGGACGGCCAUGCAGGGCCUCGAGGCCUUCGCCUUCUUCAACUGCGGCUUCGAGAGCGGCGCCAGCCAGCCGCACAAGCACAUGCAGCUCAUGACUUACCCCAGCAUGAAGGUGAUCACGGGCCUGGACAUGCCGCCGCUGCUGCACUUCAUCGACCAGAAGCUGCGCGACUACCCGACCACCGAGACCGUCCAGCUGCCGGAGCUCCCGUUCUGCCACUUCCUGCACCGCAUCGACAUCGCUGCCGAUGCUGACAGUGAGAAGGCUGCGGCGCAUGUCGUCGCCAUCUACGACAAGGUGCUCGAGCAGAUGAACACGACGGAGUAUCCGAGCCGCACUGCGCCAGCGACACCCGCAUUGCCCGUGGCCUACAACCUGCUGCUCACGUCGUCGUUCCUCUUCCUGAUCCCGAGGAAGGCGCAGAGCUUCAACGGCAUCGAGGUCAACUCAAUCGGCUUCAUCGGCUCCUUCUUCGUGCGCACCGAGGAGCAGCGCGUCUUCUUCGAGUCGCACGGCGGACCCAUGGAGCUGCUGCGCCAAGUCACGUUCCCGCCGACUCCUGCCAAGUAA